AUGGUAUUUCCAUCUCCAACCUUUGUCGACGCUCCUGUACACCAGCACACAAUGAUCGCGCACGAUUCUGCGAGUCUGACGAUGUCGACUUUGAUGGCCGUGCCGAGCGAUAUCCUACGCCUCACGACCAACCAGAGCCAUAUUGUCGCAUCUGGCCUGGAUUCGUAUGGUCAAGAGCUAACGUUUGAGAGGCGUGACUCCGAUGGACACCAAACGAGUCUCCCUUCUCUCCCUUUUACGCCCUCUUACGAUAAGUCAGAUGGCUUCUCGAGCACUUUUGAUGAUCCCUUUCCCUAUCAAAACAGUACCGAAUUCGCUAGUUCCCAUACAGAGAACAAGCAAGGUACAACGACCGAACCAAAAUCCUCCUCAGCCGAAAUGGAUAACAAGCUUCUUGGCUUCAGUGGACCCAUCCUCAAGGCGCCAAUUUUCGAUGAUAACGGCCAAACAUGGCCAAUAAUGUCGGCCGAACUCUAUGGUAUGUUUUUUGUAGCCGAAGACGUCUACGGCGAUAGUACUGCUACAGGUAACGAAUUGACCUGCUAUCGAAGAAAUCUCUUUCAAAUCAGUGGAGCUAUUAUCCUUAGCCGAGGAACGAAAGGGAUGAUCAAUGAACAAGGGCUCCACAUACCCUUUUUUAACCUGGAAGCAUCUCUCACUGCCUUUGAAAGUAUCGAAGGGAAGAGUACCGAAAUUAUCUCGGUACCAUGGAAGACAGCCACAGGAGUCUCAAGUGAAGACAAGGCUGGAACUGCGCCACCAUCUCAUCAGUUGGAUCUUUCCUUGAAUCCCGACAUGGACCCAACUAUGCUAUCAAUUCCAAUUUCGUGGAAACGGCUACAAUUUAAACACGCGACAGCCAACAACGGACGGAGAAAGGGGUUGCAACAGCACUACAUUGUUCAAGUUAACCUAGUCGCUACACUUUCCACCGGAGAACUCUUUAGAAUUGCAGAAAUCCAGAGCGGGCCUAUCAUUGUGCGCGGACGAAGUCCUCGUAACUUUGACAGUAAGAUUAGAGAGAGUGAGAAGAAAUCGGAUACGAAGCCCAGUCCCCACGUUGAAACCGAUAUGUCAACACCACGCACAAGAGCCGAGCUUCGUGCACAGACCAGUGCCCACGGGUCCACUUCUGAAUCUCUACAGUCCGCUCUAGAUCUUUCCGAAUGGAAAGCCAACGUUUCAAGAAAUAACAUAGAUCAUCGUCCCACCAAAAAACAAUCAAAGUCUCCCGAAUCAGCAGGAUCUACUAUUUCGCCAGUACUUUGGAAUUCCGAAAGUGUCACGUGGACAAAACCUUCCUUAUCGAGCCCGAUUGAUAUAUCCCCUGGCGAUGAAGAAAAUUGUUCGGGUUAUUCUCUUUCACACUGCGGCAAUCGUAAGUCCAGCGACGCAAAGAAUUCCAUGGAUAGGAGAAGAGGAGUCAGUCUUGGUAGUCUCAUCGAGAGUGCCGACUUUUUGUACGAAUACUUUCCCUUGACUGUAGAUGACUGGAUGCCACCCGUGGAUGCGAUUUAUCGACCCCAUGUAGUCCAUCACCAACACUACCCGAGAGAGGGCGUGGCGCAGCAAACGAAGCACAAACGAAAAACGUACUUCUCUGCUGAAGAUUAG